CACCGGCGGGAAGUGUUCUCACCAAUCGAUAUGGCUACCGUGUGUGUUCCUUUGUCGGCGGUGUUCUUGCAGCUGGUGGUCUUUCUAUCAGCUACUUCGCUGUAGAUUCAACCUUUCUCUUCAUAUCCUACGGUUUACUUACUGGAAUCGGUCUUGGAAUAAACUACAAUGGUUGUAUGUCCGCCAUAAAUAUAUAUUUCGAUAAAUAUAAAACAUUGGCUCAUGGUAUUUCUUCGAUUGGAAACAAUGUUGGUUUAAUUCUAUUUUCGGAAUUCAUUCUUGUCCUAGAAGAGCAUUUUGGGUGGAGAGGAAUGCUUCUUAUACAGGGUGGAAUAAUGUUCAAUCUUUGCGCAUGCGCAGUUGUCAUGUUUCCGGUUAAAAUGGGCUCGGACAGAGACAAAAAUCAACAGCAAUCUCAUUCAGUCACUAAUUUAAGCAAACCAGUGAAAACAAGAUUGAUGAAUUUCUCUAUAUUAAAGAAACUUUCCUUUGCCUGCCUUUGUGCUAGUCAUGUCUUUUUCAAUUUUAGCUAUGGAGUUUUUAUAUUACAUUUACCGUCAUACUCUAGAGAUAUAGGCUUUGGCAAAAACGAUUACGGAUCAUUGUUUUUAUCUCAUGGAAUAUGCAACAUCAUAGGGAAAGUUUUCUACAGUUUUCUAGGACAUCAUCCACGAAUAAAUGUUAUAUUUGUGUACACCAUAUCACUAUUUGCGACUGGGAUUUGUAUGGGUUUAACUCCCGUACUUCUUACACGUGCAGGCAUCCUUGCUAUAGCUGGUAUAGUAGGAUUUCUAUCUUGUGUUACGGGUGCUUUGAUCAACGCUGUCGUUAUCAAAAUAGUUGGAUUUAGAAGGUUUUCUGAUGGUAUUGGUAUGUCAUUACCAUUUAAAGCAACUGGAAAUAUGAUUGGUGGACCCGUUGCAGGGGCAUUAUUUAAAAGUACCGGAAGUUACGCAUUUUCUUUUUAUAUGGCUGGAGCCAGUAUGAUAUGUUCAUCUUGUCUGAUGAUAUAUCCAAUUGUUCACGAACGAACAAGUAGACGGACAUGUAAAGAAACAGAUAUUCAAAUUGUUAGUGAAAAAGAUCUUAGAUUUAUUGUAGACGACACAAUUGAGAGCACAGCUGUGGCCGAGAAACAGUGUGAGAGUGACCAUUUUCUAAAUGCAAAUAGAUAAAAUAGUAACAUAAUUAUAAAGAAAAUCAGAUAUUAGUCUAAUUAGAAUACAAUUGCAUCAUCGGCAACAAAGAUCUUCAAGUUGGUACCUGAUUGAUUCAUGUUUUUUAUUCCCCCACCUCCCCCAACCCCAGAAAAGCCGACUUGCAAAGUAUGCUUGAUUUGUACAAGCAUUAUGUUAAUAUUCCUUAAUAGAUUGAUAAAGCAUUUAGAAGCUACUUAAGUUUGCAUAAAAAAGCAUUAUAUAUGGUUCUAAAUAAAUUGAUCUUACAUUGAUAACUAAAAUAAAAAUUAAGUUUUCAACAAAGCAUGUCUUUGCUCUCAAUAGAUUGAUAUGUAUUUGGUUACUCACAACAAAAUUAAGUUUGAAAAAACAUGCAACUGCAUGAUAUUCUUUAUGCUUACACGUUCUCACACAAGAAAAAUGUAAAAAGUCAAAAUAUUCAAACAUUUAAUUUGCUCUAUUUUUCUGAUUUUUGCUGUAUAUGCUAAAAUUAACUAAUGUUGUAACUUAUAUUUACUUUCACAAAAAACGGGUUUUAUAACUUGACAUAACAUGACAUUAUAUGACAUGACAUGACCUUAUAUGACAUGACAUGACAUGAUCUAACAUGACAUGACAUAAUCUUUACACUUAAUAAUUAUCGGAUGUUAGAAAUAUGACUCCGAAAUUUGCUUUGGUCUUAAUUGCUUAAUAUACUCGGGUUGUUUUGCUUAGUCAAAAAAUUGAAUGACAUUAAUUUUGUUAAUGCAUAUAAACGUUUGUUUUGUAACUCACAUGAGUGUAAUAUAUAAUUUAUAAGAAACAGAACACCUUUUUAAAUGCUUAAUAUUUCCAGAAAAAUUGUAUAUGUUGUUACUCUACCUAAGGUUUAGGUGUUGAUAUUACUUUUUCGAUUGGAAUGUAAACGUUAUUGAAAUGAUUAUUUUGCGAAUGCCAAUAUCAUGUUCAUUAAUAUACAACGAGGUCAAAAUUAAACAUUAUUUAUAUUGCGAUAACGUUUUGCAUGACGUUUGUUUACAUAUAUUUUCAAAAUAUAAGUGAGAGUUUCUUUUGUUUUAGCUUAAAAAGCUUUUUGUUGAUGGUAAAUACAACAUAUAUACAUAUAUGUAAAAAUUAUUUGUAAAACAAUUGUAUAUAGCGUCGAAUCAAAACUAUUUCAUAUCAAUUAAAAAUCUUCAUUUCGUUGUAUUUUCUAUGUUUACGUUAUGUAGGUUUAACAAAGAGUUAUAUUAAAUUUUUAAAGUGAGA